AUGCCACCAAAGUCAGCGAACAGACCUUCCUAUGCGUCAAGAGAUAGUGGCGUAAUGCCCGGCGACCCGAUCCCGCAAAAGAAGCCACGAAGGUACCGCCCAGGAACUGUCGCUCUGCGUGAAAUCAGGCGCUAUCAGAAGAGCACCAGCUUGCUCAUGCUCAAGCUGCCGUUCGCCCGGCUCGUUCGUGAGGUUGCCCAUAGCGUCCGUCCCGUCGAUGAGGACUUCAGGUGGCAGUCCCACGCCAUCCUGGCUCUGCAGGAGGCCGCUGAGGCCUAUCUGGUGAAGCUGCUUGAGGACACUAACCUGUGCGCCAUCCACGCCAAGCGCGUCACCAUCAUGCAGAAGGAUAUCCAGCUUGCGAGGCGGAUACGGGGCGAUGGGUUUUGA